AUGCUCCUAGCAAGCGCGCUAGCCACCUUGGCGUUGUUGUCUGGCUCUGUCGUCGGCAAGGAUGUGAUCUACGACGAGGCCUCUCCUGAAAAUUACGACCUUGACCCCGACGACGUGCCCCCUCAUCUGCAGACUCGAUUAGAAAUCCCCGGCAUGGUCAAGCAUACCGCCUACCGGCACGACGACGGCGACGUAUUCCACAUCUUUGUGCACAACUCGUACGCGGAGCCGGGGCCGAACGGCGAGCACAAGCCCGUCUUCAAGCGCGAGUACGCACCCUCGGCCGCGGGCCUGCGCAGGCGCGAGGACAAGGCCAAGCCCGCCGAGUCCCAGAAAGACGAGACGGCCGAUGGCAGCGACAAAAAGAUCUACAAGGUCCACGUCGUCGAGCACUCCGCCAUCGUGGCCUAUCAAGAUCUGCCUCGGCCCGCCAACGCCACCAAGCCCAGCAACCAGACCGUCGCAGAGGUCAGCAAGAAGGAGUGCAACGCCCUCGGCGGCACGCUGACCUGCGCGUCCGCGCCCAAAAAGGAGGGCGGCGAGGUGCUGCAGUGGCGGUGCAGAAUCGCGUACUUUGGUGGGAACCCGAUCGAGGACAAGUGGGUGCCGGGUGACGAGGGCAAGUGCCAGAGGAGCGAGACGGAGGCGGAGAAGGAAAAGAAGGCCGAGGAGGCAAGGAAGAAGAAGGAGGAGGAAGAAAAGAAGAAGAAGAAGGAGGAGGAGGAAGACAAGAAGAAGAAGGCUGAGGAAGAAAAGAAAAAGAAAAAGCUGCCCAAGUUCGACGACGGCGGGCGCUGCGGCAUGUCGACGUUCAAGAACCUGACCACGGCCACGGCAGCAUACACGGGCGGCUGCCAGGCCAUCCACAACUGGGCGGCCAAGCGGCUGGGCAAGUGGGCCAUCGGCGCCAAGGUGCAGGGCGACAUCAACCUCAUCGUGGCCGGGAGCAACAGCGGCGCCAACUGCCGGUUCGUGAUCCGCAACAACAACGAGCACACGACCUUUGUCGGGACGGCCGACGUGCGGGACCUCGUCAGGGACUCGAGGCUGCGGUUCCAGGUCACGUACUCGAACAAGACUGGCGUGGGCGAGAGGAUGGGCGCCGAGGGCCACAUGAAGUGCGACAAGCAGUACAAGAACGGGACCAAGUUUGAGCAAAAGGUGGAUUGGGCGAUUUUGAAAUAUGAUGGCACUGUAUGA